AGACGACGACGAAGAGGAACCACGUGACGAAACACUGUCAUGGCGGCCGCCGCUGCAGUCCGGGCGAGCAUCGGGCUGAGUUCAAGACUGGUUAAAGUUGCACCGCAGUGUCGAGUUUGUCCGUUUAACCGAUUAAACAUCUGCAACGGAGCCACGAUAGACAAGCCGAGUCGCCGUUUCUCAGCGCCGAGCAGACACUUACAGACUUCUAUUAGUCGGCACCAGAGUGACGAGGGCAGUUCAACGGUAGAAGAUCCAGACGAGGAUGUCGUUAAUGUGGUGUUUAUUGACCGGUCUGGAGAGAGGAUACCGGUGAAGGCAAAAGUUGGAGACAAUGUUCUGUAUCUUGCUCACAGACACGGGAUCGAUCUUGAAGGCGCCUGUGAGGCAUCAUUGGCUUGCUCCACGUGUCACGUUUAUGUAAAUUUCGAGUGCUACGAUAAGCUACCUGAGCCUGAAGAAAGGGAGGACGACAUGCUGGACAUGGCCCCGAUGCUGCAGGAGAACUCUCGUCUCGGUUGCCAGAUCAUUUUGACUCCCGAGCUGGACGGCAUUGAGCUGACCCUUCCCAAGGUCACGAGGAACUUCUAUGUUGAUGGUCACAUCCCUAAGCAUCACUGAGAAAAGCGGCUUGAAGUAAAGGCGGAGCAAACAUCUGUUAUCAGGAGGACUGAGAGUCUCGUGUUUAAAGGACAGAGGCGGAGAACACAUCAUCAUUCUGAUUUUUUUUUUUCCCCUCUUUCCAAGUGUGUCCAGAGGCUUCACCUACACUGAAUAGUGUUUCACAACGCACAAUACCUGGAUCAAGAAAAAGCACUCGGUCCAUUUCAGCCAGGAACAUAGAAAUGCCUUUUGGACAGCUUGGAUGGGGAAGCUUUAGAUUCACCACCGAGUAUCAGAAUUCUGCAUUAUUCUAAAAUUUCCAAAGAUUGUGAAGGUGACAUUUUAUGUUACGCACAUAAGUCAGACGCACAAUUUUUUAUACAUGUGUGUAAAAGUCAAAUAGAUCGCAAGAUAAACCUUGUUCUGGCAUUCAUUUAGUUUUUUAGUAUGUUUUAUUUUAUUUUUUUAACCGAUAUAUUAAUUUAAUUUACGUUCAUCGUCUAUCUAAAGGGCUGAAAAUUGAAGUGACUGUGCUGUUCAGUUGAUUCUGAGAGAAUUCUUCUGAAAUUCUUCUGAUUUUUCAGAAUGAUAAACAGGGGUUUUGUCUGUCUGUAAUUGAGUCAAGACAAGAUAUGCCUUUUAUUUUUUUAUUUUAAGCCAGCCAUAUGAGUUGGGGGAACUACAAUUGAGCUUGUCAGAAUAUGCACGUUAACAGGAUUUAUGCCAUGGGUAGUAUUGUGAAACCCAUCGUGUUGACGGGUUUUAACUAUUUAAAUAUACGUGAUAGAUAUAUAACCUCACACAUCGCAAAUAUUGAACCCCACUGUGACCACAAGUAAACAGCUGAACCCACUAAACUGUAACUGCAACUGGCUUGUAAGUGGCUUUGCAUAAUGAUUGUUGUCAAAUAAAUUAAGUAAUAAAGAUAAACCAUCAAACUCAA